CCUCGCGAUUCGUCUGUAUCUUCGUAGAUUUGUCUUCUGUUACAAUAUAGUUCCAUUGUUGGUUUCUCUAUCUUCCAAAAGGCGAUCUAGGGUUGCCUUCAUUUUGUUUCGUGUUUAUUUUUUUUCGAAUCAUGAGUAAGCGAUACAGUCGAACGAUCUAUGUUGGCAAUCUCCCUGGCGACAUUCGUGAAAGAGAGGUGGAAGAUCUGUUCUGCAAGUAUGGCACGAUCAUUGAUGUUGAUCUAAAGAUUCCUCCAAGGCCUCCAGGGUAUGCAUUUGUUGAGUUUGAAGAUCCUCGUGAUGCUGAAGAUGCUAUUCGUGGCCGUGAUGGAUAUAAAUUUGAUGGUCAAAGAUUACGGGUGGAACUUGCUCAUGGUGGAAGGGGCCAAUCUUCAUCGCUUGAUAAGCACAGUAGCCACAGUAGUGCAGGUCGACGUGGCGGUGUUUCCAGGCGCACAGAGUAUCGUGUUAUGGUCACUGGUUUACCCUCCUCGGCAUCAUGGCAAGACUUGAAGGACCAUAUGCGCCGAGCUGGUGAUGUCUGCUUUUCUGAAGUUUUUCGUGAUGGUGGUGGUACUGUUGGUAUUGUAGAUUAUACAAACUACGACGAUAUGAAAUAUGCAAUCAAGAAGCUUGAUGACUCUGAGUUUCGGAAUGCAUUUUCACGGGCGUAUAUAAGAGUGAAGGAGUAUGAUUCCAAAAGAAGCUUAUCUAGGAGUCGAAGUCGUAGCCAUUCAUAUUCAAAAAGUGCAAGUAGCCGUAGCAGAAGCAAGUCUCCAAGGGCAAAGUCAUCACGCCGUUCGUUGUCUAAAUCUCGAUCUAGAUCUGUAUCUUCUCGUUCUCACUCAGCAUCUAAAGGACAUUCUGUAUCAAGAUCUCGAUCGCGAUCCAGAUCUCCAGUUAAUUCUCCUGCUAAUGGCAAACCUGGAAGCAAAAGCCCAGUUAAGCUUAGUCGGAACAAGAGCCAAAGUCUAUCUCGUUCUCCUUCUCCUGCGGUGAAAUCGGAUUAGAACCCUCUUUGUAAGGAACCUGCGGACAUACUGAUUGGAAUUAGUUCAGCAGAUUCAAUUAGAUAAAACUUCGAUUCGGCAUUCUUAGCACCAGCAGUACUUUUUUGGGUUGCUCCAAAUUCUGUUCAAUGUAGUACCCUUGUCUAAGCUGAUGUAUUAUUGGGGGCCAAGGCUUGUGGUUGAAUGAUUGUGAGCUGUAGUUUGUUUGGAUUAUUGACUCUAUAACUUCCUAUCCUUUACAUGACAAUUCAACAUUAUGACUUUAAAUCCGAUACAUUAUUGUCUUGUGACUUGGAGGUCACGAAUUUUAA